CAGACUAAAAUCCAUUGCAUUUCGGAAUUGGAUAACUUUUCAAAAUGCCAUCCACCAGCUUUCUCUCAAUAUACCAGCAAUACAAGCGCGACACGGACAUCGUCGCUUCAUGGCUAGCCACAACUGCCAAGAAACAUGGAUACACGACCUCGCUCGCAGCACCCCCUACCGCAGGUGCGGCAGCCAACAAGAGUGCUGCCCCCUCAUCCGGCCGCCUGAAGGGCAAGGCGCGCAAGGAGGCUACGCAGCAGCAAAAGCAGCAUGUCGCACCUUCAGGCAUAGACGCAAAGGAUGCACCUGAUCCACCGCCGAAGCCAAAGUAUGUGCUUGCCAUUCGAGAUUUCGUGCCGCUGGCCGAGUUCAUCGCCCGCAAGUUGACAACAACGACCGCAAUAGAAGCCAAUACUGGGGCUGGGAUCCCGUUGUUCUUUCGCACGGCCCUGGAGCGAGCGAUCCGUGUCCGGAAGAUGUUCUCAAUGCACCUUAGCGAGACCAACAAACAUCUCAGCGUGCGGGCAAAUACAGCGCAUGCAUAUUUCGUCAGCGUGCUGGAGAAGGUUCGCUAUGUCUUGUUCGAAGUUGAAGGCGGCAGCGGCGUUGCAUUUAAUAUGGCGUCUGAGAAAGGCGCUACGAAUGCCAUCCACGAUAACUCAGUGGUGGAAGCUAAGAUCCGGGACUUCAGUCUAUUUCAGGUGUUGCAAGUUUAUGAGCCAUCCGAGAACUUUUCGGACUCGCCCGAUGUGGUGCUUCCUGCUCCAUCUUCACCUAUUGAUCUCGAGUACACAGUUGAAAACGACGAGUCGGAGACUGAGUGCAUAUUCGCCUUCACAGCCCUGCUCAAGGACUUCAUCAACCUUCGCAAAGAGGUUAGUAACUUGUGGAAUGAGUAUCGCAGCGGGACGAUCGACUUGGCUGCCGCUGCGGUUGGUGCCAAUGUGGCUAUCGAGCUCGCGCGCAGCAUGGAAGAGGAGAUGGCGCCGCUGCUGAAGAAUCAUGGUGGCGUGUUGGCGCUGCUGCCGAAGUAUUUCGGCGCAGUCUGUCAAUACCUAGGUCUCGAUCCCUUCCAGAAGGAGCGGUUUUCUGACGAUAUGAACUUCGCAUGCUAUGAUAUAGGCGCCACGUUUCUGUACAAUGCUGCUAGCUUGCUCGAAGCGAUUCGGACGGCCGCGCCGCACAGCGCACGACAAAUGCCUUGCUACACCGGUAAGUUCGGGUGGUAUGACGCGCAGAGAGCGCAUCUAGAGACUACGGAUAACCGUCAGCGGUGGGCGCAGGACAAGGCGGCGCUUCUGGAAGUAGUACCCGAUAUCACCUUGCUGUUCGAAAUCGAAGGCAUCCCUGUGCUCGACGAGUUCGCGCGCGGCGUCAAAUACAUGUUCGAGACGCAGGAGAUCCCGGUCUGGUUGUGCUUCGCGGUGCAGAACUACCUUGACACGCUACGCUUCUUCGGGCCCAACGUCACAAAGGUCCUGACUGAGUUUCAUCGUUUCAACGAGAUCACUGCCGAGCUGCUCGAUCGCGCAAACCUGGCAGACUAUCAUCAAAACGAUACGAAGAAAGAUUUAGAGGACAUGCGCAAGAUGGUCACGGUCAAGAUAAACGGCGUGGAUAUAUUUACGGCCUCCCGGAUGGCUCUCAACCGCAGCAGUCGUAAUGAGAGUGCAAGCCGGUCUUCGUCCUUUCUCCUGCACAACCCGCUCUUCUGUGGCCUGUGGAUUCACUACGCGCGUGUGCUGCUCCACCAGACCGGCGUCAGGUACGCCGCCAAGCCUGGCGCCGUGCUGCAUGCCGUGCAACUGUACACGGCGGUGCGUCAGCAGCAGCAGCAACAGCAACAACAACAACAACAACAAGAGCACUUGGUGCCAGUGCCGGAAUGGCCAGACCUCGAUCGCCUCGUCGCGAUGCAAGGACUCCAGGCCUUCUUCGUCGGCAUGGAGCCACCGGCAUCGCUACAGGCUCACUUCAAGAACUACUGCAUGAGCCGCGGCGUAUCGCCGGCCAAUUGGCUCGCGGCCGCGAACCGGCGCAAGGGCAAGCAGGGCAAGGUGCUCCUGCAGAGGUCGCGCGCCGGCAUCCGCGAACUUAAGUUCGGGGCUCCCGUGUCACUGUGCUGUGCAGCGCGGAUGGAAAAGCGCGCGAUAGCAGAACCAACAAGGAGGGCCUGGAAUGCCGAAGUGAUGCAGCAGAUCUUGGAGACGAGUGGUUGGUUCAAAAUGCAGCAGGAGGAACAAGCAAAGAAGGACGGGGCCGCUGAAACUGAGUCCCAGGCUGGAGCUACAGCAGAUAGGAAGAUUAAGGCCAAAACCAAGGCAUCGCCAGCACACCCAACUCUCACCGCACCGCAGCUCGUGCACUACGUCGCCCACGCCAUCCAGACCGAAAUGCCCGACCUCGUGUUUGAUUACUUCGCUAUGCAUAAAAUGGCACGAGGGCUACUCGAGAAGGUGCGAGCGCAGGCAGACGAUAUUGGCCUACCACUUAUGCUGUAUGUCACGACCGAUGUCGCCGACAUCGCGGGCCUCGUAUUUGCCAUAGCGGCUAAGGAGAUGGCGUCCAAGUCGGGGCAGAGUCAGGGAGUGCUUGGCAAGGUAGCGAUGGUGAUACGGGAGUAUGUAAUAGCGGAGCUAGAUGUUGACAAAUGUCCUACCUAAGUACGAAGGUAGCAGGGAAAACUGUUUGUCAGUAUUAUGCCCGCAUUCAGUAGGUGCAAAUGAGCCCUAGUAGUCAGACAGACAGACAGAUCUAUUACGCCCGGUAGGCCACCGCCCAUAGGACUCUAAAAACUAAAAAUACAUACAUUUCGCC